AUGUCGAGCCACAACGCAAUCAAGUGUCGAGAAGCAGGGAAGAGAGGAGCAGGGAAAAGGAGAGCAGGGACGAGGGGAGCAGGGAAGAGGGGAGCAGGGAAGAGGGGAGCAGGGAAGAGGGGAGCAGGGACGAGGGGUGCAGGGACAAGGGGAGCAGGGAAGAGGGGAGCAGGGACAAGGGGAGCAGGGAAGAGAGGAGCAGGGAAGAGGGGAGCGGGGAAGAGAGGAGCGGGGAAGAGGGGAGCAGGGACAAGGGGAGCAGGGAAGAGAGGAGCAGGGAAGAGGGGAGCAGGGAAGAGAGGAUCAGGGAAGAGGGGAGCAGGGACAAGGGGAGCAAGGAAGAGAGGAGCAGGGAAGAGGGGAGCAGGGAAGAGAGGAUCAGGGAAGAGGGGAGCAGGGACAAGGGUAGCAGGGAAGAGGGGAGCGGGAAGAGAGGAGCAGGGAAGAGGGGAGCGAGAAGAGGGGAGCAAGGAAGAGAGGAGCAGGGACGAGGGGAGCAGGGAAGAGGGGAGCAAGGAAGAGGAGCAGGGAAGAGGGGAGCAGGGAAGAGGGGAGCAGGGACGAGGGGAGCAGGGAAGAGGGGAGCAGGGAAGAGGGGAGCAGGGACGAGGGGAGCAGGGAAGAGGGGAGCAAGGAAGAGGGGAGCGGGAAGAGAGGAGCAGGGAAGAGGGGAGCGGGAAGAGGGGAGCAGGGAAGAGGGGAGCAGGGAAGAGGGGAGCAGGGACAAAGGUAGCAGGGAAGAGGGGAGCGGGAAAAGAGGAGCAGGGAAGAGGGGAGCGGGAAGAGAGGAGCAGGGAAGAGGGGAGCAGGAGCAAGGAAGAGAGGAGCAGGGAAGAGGGGAGCGGGAAGAGAGGAUCGAGGAAGAGGGGAGCAGGGACAAGGGGAGCAGGGAAGAGAGGAACAGGGAAGAGGGGAGCAGGGACGAGGAGAACAGGGAAGAGAGGAGCAAGGAAGAGGGGAGCGGGAAGAGGGGAGCAGGGAAGAGGGGAGCAGGGAAGAGAGGAACAGGGAAGAGGGGAGCAGGGAAGAGAGGAGCAGGGAAGAGGGGAGCAGGAGCAAGGAAGAGAGGAGCAGGGAAGAGGGGAGCAGGGACGAGGGGAGCAGGGAAGAGAGGAGCGGGGACGAGAGGAGCGGGGAAGAGGGGAGCAGGGAAGAGGGGAGCAGGGCAGAGGGAGCAGGGAAUAA